AUGCCGGACGGUCAUUGUGGGUUUCGGUCUGUGGCUGUGGGCUUAGGUAUGGAUCAGAGUUCAUGGGGGCUCAUUCGAAGGGACCUUGUCCAAGAAAUGGAUCAGAACGAAUCGAUCUGGUUCCCAAUAUUUGAAGCAUGGGAUGAAGGUUAUUUUUACACGCAUCGUCAGGGCCUACUUUGGGAUUCAGUGGCCGGUUGUGGGGAGGAUCACUGGAUGGACUUCCCCUUAGCAGGACUUCUUAUUGCACAAACGUACGGUAUCGGGGUGCACCUGUUAACGACAACCAUGGGUGCGAGUUCCACUUACUUCCCGAUACUAAGUCCUCCGGCUAAUCAACAACCAUUAUUCAUAACGCUUACACAUGUUAACGAGAACCACUUCAUACAUGUUAAGCUGGAAGGGGAUUAUCCUAUGCCACCAGCACACGGGCUAUGGUUGACCCACCGAAGACCCCAUACGGAACAAUGGGAAGAUAUGUACUUGCCACGUCUAGAAUGGUAUACAUCGAUAAUGAAUCCUCCGCCAAGAUCAAACCCCAGUCUUAAUUACAUAGAUAGUUAUACGGAAGAAUGA